AUGUUCAGAAAUUCUAUGGUAAGAGCGACUUGCUCAAAAAGAUUGGUGACAUCAUCAUUACUUGCUAGAAGAAACUUUGGCUCUUCUCUUUUAAGAUUCAAUGAAGAAAAGGCUAAAUUAAAUACUGAUCAAACCCCAUCACAAUCACAAUCAACUGCACCAAAGAGAAAACCUUUAAGUAGAAUACCUAUUGGUGGAACUCAAACAAAAUCACAAAAAAAUGUUGGAUCUGGUAGUGUGGAAUUUGCUACUUGGAAAGCUGGUUUAUUAAUGGCUGUUACAGGUGGUGUUAUUUAUUAUUUCUUUACAAAAGAGAAGAGAAAAUUAAAAGUUCAACAAGAAGCUGAAGCUAAUAGAGGUUAUGGUAAACCAUUAGUUGGUGGUCCAUUUGAAUUAAUUGAUCAUAAUGGUAAUAAGUUUACAAAUGAAAAUUUAAAAGGUCAAUUCAAUAUCUUAUAUUUUGGAUUUACUCAUUGUCCAGAUAUUUGUCCUGAUGAAUUAGAUAAAUUAGGUAUUUGGUUAAAUAAAUUAAAAUCACAAAAUAUUAACGUUCAACCAAUUUUCAUAACUUGUGAUCCUAAUAGAGAUACCCCUAAAGUUGUUAAAGAAUAUUUAGAAGAUUUCCAUCCAGAUAUUAUUGGAUUAACUGGUACUUAUGAACAAGUUAAAAAUAUUUGUAAACAAUAUAGAGUUUAUUUUUCAACUCCUCCAACUCUUAAGCCAGGUCAAGAUUAUUUAGUUGAUCAUUCUAUUUUCUUUUAUUUAAUGGAUUCUGAUGGUGAAUUUGUUGAUGCUAUGGGUAGAAAUUAUGAUCAAGAAACUGGUCCAUUGAAAAUCAAAGAACAAUAUGAUGCUUUUAUUCCAAAAGCUGAACGUGAAAAGAAAAAGGAAGGUGGAUUUUUGAGUUCAAUUUUUGGUUAA